CAAGCAGAAGCAACAGCACAAGUACAAUUGGAAAAGAGCUCAGGAGGCAACACGGCGUAUGGGCAACGCAUCCAGUGCGACUCCAGUUUUCCAUACGCUCAGUUGUGGCACGCGCGCGAGGAGCGUCGGUCAAGGCAGAAGAUAUCGGGCAAUAGGCUCCAAAUAAGUCUAGAAAUCAGGAAAUAUACAUACAUAUAGUGACUACUUUUUGUUGCUAGGAAGGAAAUCCUCAAGAUGACCAAAGUGGAGCUAUACAAGUCGCGUGUCUUCGUGACAAUCAUACACCUGUGCGCCCUGGGCCAGUUCGCCUAUGGAUUGUACUACAGCUCCUUUGAGAUCCAGCGCAGCUAUAAGCUAAAGACCAGCCUGAACCGUCGCCUUGUACCGGAGUCGCUGCCCCAGAAAAUCAAGUUGCUCUCCUACUGGUCGCUGAUAAUUCAGGCACUGUACUACACCGUAUCGCUGGUCAAUGAUUUUGUGGGAACCAACGAGCUGACCCCCAAAAAGCCGCCAGCGGUGCGCAGGUUCAAGGACUGGCUAAUGGCCACUCUGGCCUUCCCAGUGGCCAUAAAUGUGGGCGUGACCUUCUGGACCCUGUAUGCCAUUGAUCGAGAGCUGGUCUUCCCCAAGGUGCUGGACCCCGUCUUCCCGAGCUGGCUGAACCAUGUCCUACAUACCAACAUCGUCGUCUUCAUCGUCUUGGAAAUUUUCACCUCGUACCGGUCGUAUCCAAAGCGUAGUCAGGGUCUCGCCGGACUGGCCACCUUCAUGGGCGCCUAUCUGGUGUGGAUUCACGUUGUGAAGCACUAUUCAGGCGUUUGGGUGUAUCCGGUGCUGGAGGUUCUGCAGCUGCCGCAGCGUAUUCUCUUCUUUGUGGUCGUCGUCGGGUUCACGUUGUCGCUGUAUCUGCUGGGCGAGUUCCUUAACAACACCGUCUGGGCCAAGGAGGUGAAGUUGGCCAAGCGCAAAAUUAACUAGGCUGUGUCCACUACGUUUUGGUUGCAUGUAGAGUCGCGUUUGAUUAGCCACAAUAUACAAGUAAUGAUUAAUAAAAGAAAAAGAAGUCUUGCUUCAAUUAUUUACCUCACAGAUAAAUUAAUUUCCUGAGGCAAAAGGUCGAAAAGCAACCUUAAAUUAUGAAGACGCACCGUAAGAUUUGUAAUCUUUGCAUGACCAAGAUUCCGUGAUUUAAACGUACUUUGCUUAGAGUUUAACAAACUUUUUGGACCCGUAAAAGAAACAAAUAUAUACAUAUGUGUGUAAAGGUAAAGAUCCAGAACACCUUUUGCUAAUGAUA